UUGGCUUAGUUUGGAACUCAAGAGGGGUCAUGGUCAUGGAUGCUUUUCAGCUGAAAACUCUCAUUUCAGGCAUUCUUGCCUUGUUAGUAGGUGCCUUGUUUUAUCAAUUUAAGAAAACACUUGUUUCUAAUCCUAACACAAAGAUCUGCAGUGCACCACAAGCAGCAGGUGCAUGGCCUAUUAUUGGCCAUUUGCACCUCUUCGGGGCUCAUCAACUUACACACAAAACACUUGGGAUCAUGACUGACAAACAUGGACCAAUUUUCACUAUAAAACUUGGUUCAUGCAAAGUUCUGGUUUUGAGUAGCUGGGAGGUGGCAAAAGAGUGUUUUACUGUGCAUGACAAAGCAUUCUCCACAAGGCCUUGUGUUGCAGCCUCUAAGUUAAUGGGCUACAACUAUGCAAUGUUUGGCUUCACUCCUUAUGGUCCUUAUUGGCGUGAGAUAAGGAAAUUAACUACCAUUGAGCUUUUGUCUAACCAAAGGCUUGAACUACUCAAGAACACAAGAAGAUCUGAGGUAGAGGCUGCAGUAAGGGAGCUUUACAAGUUAUGGUCAAGAGAUGGUUGUACAAACGGAGGGGUUUUGGUAGAUAUGAAGCAGUGGUUUGGAGAUUUGACGCACAAUAUUGCUUUGAGAAUGGUGGGAGGGAAACCAUAUUAUGGGGCUGCUGAUGAUCAUGCAGAAGGUGAAGCAAGAAGGUAUAAGAGAGCUAUGAGAGACUGUGUAUGUUUGUUUGGGGUGUUUGUGUUAUCUGAUGCAGUUCCAUUUCUGGGGUGGUUAGAUAUCAAUGGAUAUGAAAAGGCUAUGAAGAGAACUGCUAGUGAAUUAGACACUUUGCUUGAAGGGUGGCUAGAGGAACACAAAAGGAAAAGAGUUUGGAAUACGAAUGGCAAGGAUGAACAAGAUUUCAUGGACGUCAUGCUGAAUGUUCUGCAGGGUGCAGAGAUUUCAGGUUAUGAUUCAGAUACUAUCAUCAAGGCUACUUGCCUGAAUCUGAUUUUAGCGGGAAGUGACACCACCAUGAUCACUCUAACAUGGGCGCUAUCGCUGCUACUCAACCAUCAAACGGAACUUAAAAAAGCCCAAGAAGAACUGGACACUCAUAUUGGGAAGGACAGGAAGGUAGAAGAAUGUGAAAUGAAGAAGUUAGUCUACCUCCAAGCCAUUGUCAAGGAAACCCUGCGUCUCUAUCCACCAAGUCCCAUUAUCACGUUUCGUGCGGCCAUGGACGACUGCACCUUUUCAUGCGGCUAUCGAAUUCCUGCUGGUACACACUUAAUGGUGAAUGCUUGGAAGAUCCACCGGGAUGGUCGUGUUUGGCCGGAUCCUCAUGAUUUCAAGCCUGAAAGGUUCUUGACAACCCACAAAGAUGUUGAUGUUAGAGGUCAGAACUAUGAGCUCGUCCCUUUUAGUUCUGGAAGGCGAGCAUGCCCAGGAACCUCCCUGGCUCUGCGUGUGGUGCUCUUGACCUUGGCUAGACUGUUACACUCUUUCAAUGUGGCUUCUCCUUCAAAUCAAGUUAUAGACAUGACAGAGAGCGUUGGACUUACAAAUUUAAAAGCAACCCCUCUUCAAGUUCUCCUAACUCCACGCCUUGAUACCGAUCUUUAUGAGGACUAGAUUAUUUUAGGCUACUUUUCUAAAAUAAGAGCAAGAAGCCUCUAGGAUGUGAAAUCUGGGCUUUCCAUCUUCUAAUAACAUGUUUUCUUUUUGUGUCAGGUAAUAACGUGUUUAAUAGGGCUGUGCUGUAUUAUGAUAGCUGGUGCAAUUUUUAGUAUUCUGUUAAUUCUGAACUCGUAGUUCACAUUUACUAUUAUCUUUUUCCAC